AUGUAUAUAGUUCCUAAUUUAAAUACUCAAAAUGAAGUUUUAAAAAUAUUGCAUAAAAUUCGUGAUUGUGAUAAACCAGGAACAACAGCAUGGGUUAAAGAUAAACUUACUCUGUGGGUUUUGUCAGGAAUAUCAAGUGUGUUUAGCAAAAUGGAUCAUGUUAUCUGGAGUCAAACACCAAAUAAUACCAAUGCUGGAGAAAGUGCCCAUGCCAAUGUAAAUCGCGAUGAACGCAAUCUUUCCUUUAUUGCAAGAAUAGUUAGAGGACGUGAUUUUGAUAAAAGGCAGUGGGAAAGCACUGACGUUUAUGAAAAAUAUAAUGUUCCAGACACUUAUCGAAAUAAGUCAGAACUUGCACAGUCAAUACAAUCAGAAAAACGUGCAGAAAAAAGGCGUAAAGGUAGUAAACAGCUUUCAAAUACGGCAAAGAAGCGAAAAAAUAAUUGCCAUAAUAAGGAAAAUAUAACUGAAAUUAUUGAUUUAGAUGAUUUAGAUAAAAACCAGCAUAUUGAGUAA